AUGAGCCUAACGACAGGAACAGAAGCGAACGACAGUUACAAACGAGAUGUCAAGUUGCUUCAAGACUUACUCGAUACCGAACAUGCGUUAGAAUCUCCGAUCGAUUUAGACAUUGGCCGUAUGAGAAUUAUCGAGUUAGAUCCUUUGAAGUGGAUUGGUAUCGAUAUAGCACCGAGAAAAUUGAAACUUACUAACACAGGAUUAACGGUAAUUUUGAGCGCGAAAUGGCCGCAGGGACGUCCUUAUCUUUCUGGAGGACCGUACGAAGGAAACUAUACGUUCGCGCAAGUUCACUUUCAUUGGGGAGAGAAUGAAAUGAGAGGCAGUGAACACACCGUCGAUGGUGCAAGGUUUGAAAUCUAUUUUAAAUCGUCCCACUAAACGUAUCGCGUAUUUUCUUUGGUUCAUCGUAAAAGUUUCUAAAUUUAGAAUUCGAUUAAAUUUCAUUCAAAGUAUGGCUAUGGAACUGCAUGUUGUGUGUUUCAAGGAAGAAUACGAAACAUUAGAAUUGGCACUUCGACGACCUAAUGGCGUUACUGUUUUGGUAUAUUUCUGUAAGGUGACGAAUUCACAGAUAUUUACAUUGAACGAAACACACAAGUUGUAUCAUUUUAUGAUGUCUAAAAAUUCAUAGGUAAUAACACCACGAUUCUACUUAGUUACAGGAUGAACCAAACGAAUUUAUGAGCGGGAUCGUAAAUAAUUUGGCUGUUAUUCGUGCCGCGCAUUCCUCGGUUCGUAUAGUUCCUUCAAAAUUAACAAACAUUUUACGAUCUUUCUCACAAGACUAUUUCUUGUAUUGCGGUUCGAUAAAAACAGCGCAAAAUACGCAUAAUAUUCUCUGGACGAUUUGCAGAGAACCAAUUGGAAUUUCUGCCAAACAAGUAACUCGAUGUUAAUAUCGUGUUAAUCGUAUAACCCUUAAUAUCGUAUCCGCAAAAGUCUGUAUACAGCUGUGUAUUCGCUAAGAUUGCAGAGUUUCGCACUUUAAACGAUAAAAAAGGGAUGGCCAUUCUAUCGAAUAUACGCCCAGUGAAAGGGAAACGAGAGAGAAACGUUUUUCACGUUUGUCCAUCAGGAUCGACGUACGCUUCGCUUUUACCUAUUCCACGAAAUCUGUCGCCGAGCAGAACCGAAGAGAACAGUAACGCCAAAAAUGUCAUCGCUGUCUAAAAUUGUCGGCGACGUCGUUAACGUUACCGGUUACCGUUAAAAACUGCGAUUUUAGACCCAACGUGUGUAAGGAACUUUAGUACUGACAAUGAAUCUUUUUUUUAAGGAUAUAUAUAUAUAAGGUAUUUUUAAAGAUAUACAUAUCUUAACGAUAUAUAAUCGAACCGAAUAUUUUCUCAUUCGUACGACGUGACGAUAAAAGAUAUUACGAUACAGAAAAUAAUAAA